UCUCUAGGUAUUGCCGGAUCACUAUCAACUUUCAACGGGUUCGCUAUCAUCCCCCAGUACUUCCAGAAACGAAAAGGUUUAGCCAACGGUAUAGUAGCUUCAUGUUCGGCCAUGGGAAAGAUUGCCAUGGCUCCUUUGCUUCGUCUGUUGCUUGACGUCUACGGGUAUACCUGGGCAUGCCUCAUUGUCGGCGCCCUCUCCCUACACACCUGUUUUGCUGGUAUGCUGUAUCACCCGCCCGAAUGGCAUUUAGUUCCCCAGAAGGACCAAGACCCAGAGACCGACGCCCCGCCUCCGACGCCCGGCAGCCUCACCUCGACAGACGUGGUGAUCUCGGAGAACGGCAUCGUCGAGGAGCCACGUCAUCGCCAGCAGGGUCAGCCUCCACGACAGGGCGAGAGGAAGGGCAAAUCUACCCCGGGCGCGAGGUCGAGGGAAGAGGAAGAGGAGGAAGAGGAGGAGAACGUGCUCUUCGUGAUGCCCUCGACGGCGGCUUCAGCGACUGUCCCUUCGUCAGGCAUAAGGAGAGACGACGAAGUGGUCCUCUUCUCGAGACACACGUCAAAGGUGGCGACGACGACGAAGGGCGUUCCCGAGGCUGGCUUGAGGAAGGUCGACUCAGCGAUGUCCCUGGGGAGUUCGAUUCCCAUGUUGAUACCGAUUGAUAACAAGGUCUAUCAAGACGACCAGGACGACGGGAAGAAGGGUUGUUGUGACGAUUUCGUGGUCGUGAAGGUCUUCACCAUGCUCAAGUACUCUCUCCUAAAAGACCCCUACUUCCACCUCGUAGCAUGGCCCAACGCCCUCUGCCUUACUGCCUACAUCAACUCCAUGUACGCGCUGCCAGGCUACGUAAAUAGCCUCGGGUACACACCUUAUCAAAGUGCUUUUGCUAUUUCGGUGUUCAGUGUUAGUGAGGCCGUGCUGAGGCUCGUGAUCGCCAUUCUCUCUGACAUGAACUGGUUCCCUAUAGAGGCUGCCUAUACCGCUGGUUUUAUUUUUGCUUCCUUGAGCACUGGCUGUUUCGUAGCUGACAACCUGGGACAUAAUGGCGCCUACUACCUCAUUGGAUCAAUUGCAGCCAUUGCAGCUAGUAUAUGGAUAGUUCGACUUGUUUGUACUGUUAGAAAAGAUUAUAAAUCAGUCCCUGCACCUUCUCAGGAAUAG